ACCGUCCUACCGUCCAGCUGAUAUCCUCUACCCAAAGAACAUUUGAAUUACAACAUCACAAGUCUCAAGGCCAGACUCGGUGAAGGCGGCAACAAGAUCUCAGUGCACUUUCUCGGAGAUUUCAUGGGGCGGCGCGCCGCCUGUAGGAGCCUCAAACCCACCAAGAGACAAUGUACGAAACUGAGGCAAAUGGCGAUGAAAAGGCUAACUACAGAUGGUGCUUCAAGAUGCUCCGUACUAAGCCAGCCUUGCGGGUGACACGGGUAUGACUGUGACAAAUAACUUUAGCAAUUUAUCCCACACAUCGGAAUCCCUCCGUACAUCCAGUACAUCCAGUACAUCCAGGAAGCGAGCGAUGCACGGCCAGAAGCAUUCUCCACCGAUUCCGAGCGCUUAAAUAUAUCACCGUCGAUCAAUAAAUCCCACCCCGUCCACUCCGCCGCCCUCUUACAAUGUCGGUCCUCCGGGGGUGCUUGCUUUAUCCUCCUUAACCAUCAUGUCCAGUCUGUCAGAGAUAUUUGGCCAGGGCCAUAACGCCUACUUCUCCAAUGGCCCCAUCACCCGUCUCUCGUUCGUACGCUUAAAUAACCAGCUUUUGGACAAAGCCUCCACCCACGCCAGUGCAAAGUAUCUCACUUUUAAUGAGUUAAACCCUCUGCGGACACCAAAUGGGAAGCUUGCCUUCAGCAAAUAUGAGGACGUUGCCAAUGCAAUUGGUCGUCCCUACGCCAAAGAUGAGAAGACCCAGAUAGCUGAAUUCAAUCCGGAUCAUCAUCACCCAACCCUCAUCUUUCUCGGCCUGGACCUGGAAGACAAAUCUGCGACUGCUGGGGGGAGCGCUCAGCUGGGCGAGUAUGCUGGUGUGCCCUAUUUUGCUCUCGAUGUGAGCUCGAAGCAUUAUGCCCUGGUCAAGGAGUCGCAAACAGCCACCGGCCUCAAAUACGUGCCCACCAGGGUUGACCUCACACUAGAUCACGCGCAAUCAGCUAUAUACAGCCAUGCACGGUCCUUGAUCGAUUGGAAUAAUCGCAAUCGCUACUGUUCUAGCUGUGGUGGCCGCAUGUUGUCCACCCAUGGAGGAGCGAAAGUGGUCUGUCCACCUGCCGACAAUGGCGUCCUCCGCCAGCGUGCGUGUCCAACCCGGAUCGGGCUUCACAACCAGGCAUUCCCACGGACCGACCCUACGGCAGUCAUCGCCCCCAUAUCGGCCGACGCGAAGCGCGUCCUCCUGGGCCGCGGAAAGCGCUGGCCUGCCAAUUAUUUCUCCUGUCUCUCCGGCUUCAUCGAGCCUGGCGAAAGCAUCGAGACGGCAUCAAGACGGGAAGCUUAUGAAGAAACUGGUGUCCACAUCGACAGGGUACAGAUCCACUCGAGUCAACCAUGGCCGUACCCGUCGACAAUGCUGAUCGGCGUCAUCGGCCAAUGCGUCGAGGGAGGAGAGAACAUUACCUAUCCAGAGACGGAGCUGGAAGAGGCUAAAUGGUUUGAGCUUGCUGAGGUUGAGCACGCCUUGAACAAUGGAGCAAACCCAAUGUGGGAGCCGCCUAUCAAGGGAUACACUGGUCCAAGAGUGCCUCCAAGCCAGCUGAUGGCCCAUCAGGUCCUGAGAGGGGUGCUGAAGUUGUUUCACAAAUGAACUUAUAUUGACCGUUCCACCCUUUAUAGAGCAUGCUAGAUGUCUCUUUCCGUCUCGGAUCAACGUGAUCAAUCUUUGUGUUCGAACUGUUUGGAU